AAAAAAAAACCCACUAAACCCUUCCUUCCAACUAUGAAGCAAAAUCUACUGAAGAAGAAAGCUAUGGAGGUUGACAAGGUAUCUCAAACCUCCUUCGAUUUUCUUUCUUCCUUUCCUUCUUUGUUUCUUUGUUUCCUUUUUUCGAAAUUUACGGAAUUUCCUUUUGAUUUGAAACCAAAGGCAAAACUCCUCACUGUUCCGAGCGUACUGGGCAGAGCCGGUACAAGAAAUUUUAAGGUCUAUACGGAAAAGGAAUUUUCUGAGGUUGAUUCUCGUACUAGAAAAUCUAUACCAGUUACCAAAGGGUCUACUUUGGCCAGUACGAGUUCUCAGAAGGCGGUUUUGACAAGUGUGGAGACGAACAAAGGGAAAAAUGAUAGUUUUGGAAAAGCAAAGUUUGGAAGAAGACCAUUGGCAGAUGUCAGUAAUGUUAACAACAUAUCUUCAAAGAAUUUGGUGUGCAAUAGCUCUAAACCUUCGAAAUUUAUGCCAGCCACCAGAGGAUCUACUUUCGCCAAUACAAGCUCUCAAAAGGCUGUUUUGAAAAGUAAGGAGACGAGCAAAGGGAAAAACGAUACUUCUGAAAAAUCAAAUUUGGGAAGAAGACCAUUGACAGAUGCCAGCAUUACUAACAGCACAUCUUCGAGGAGUCUGUUGCGAAAUAGCUCCAAACCCUCAGUAUCAGCUACUGUGGGCUCUAGGACUGUAAAUGUAUCAUCAAGGAAAUCAUUUCAGGGAGGUAUUAGUCAAGGUGAUCCUGGUUAUCAUACUUCAAAGAAAGUGCUUGUUAAAGAUUUGAAGGUUCCCUCUGGUUACCAAAGGAUCAAAGUCACUGGACAGGCUCAUGGAUCUCUUGUUGAUUUAAAUGGCAGGAGAACAACAAGGACUUCACUCAUACCAACAAGGAAGUCUUUUCCUGUUUUAAAGAGGGAGGACCCAACAAAUAUCCUCAAGGGAAAUCCUGGAAGUUCUGGAAAAAUAAACGAAAUUAAGGUCAAAGUUGGUGGGAAAGUAGUGCCCCGAGUAAGCAAUGGAAGGACCCAUCAUUGGAAGAAUCGAGUGAGUGACAACUUUGUAAUAAUGGGUCAAAGUACUGUGGAUUCUCGUACAUUGUCAAGAAAAUCUAUUAGGCCAAGUGUGAAGGGUGCUCUAAAGACUUCUGAUGACAAAAGGAAUACAAGACCCAACAUCACAAGGAAUCUAGAAAAAGUUGUAACUAUCGCUACAGCUGCAUCAAAGAACAUGGAGAGUGUAGCUUCUUCUCCUUCAAAAAAUAUAACACAAGAACCCACCCAUGUACAGCUUCCAUCUGAUGUCGAUAGCAAACCAAGUACAUCAGAUGUUACUAUUACAAAGAAAGUUCCACGUCGAAGAAAAUCCUACACAUCUUCGUUAAUGGAAGGAUCAAAGCUAAUAGAAGAGCAACAUGAUGUUCUUAAGCAAGAAAGGCUACCAGACCUGGAUGAUGAGAGAAAUCAGCUAGAAGUUGCAGACUAUGUUGAUGACAUAUAUCAGUAUUAUUGGGUUAUUGAGGCGCAAAAUCCACCCCCAGCAAAUUACAUGUCAAUUCAAAUAGAAAUUACACCUCAUAUGCGGGCUGUAUUGAUCAAUUGGUUAAUUGAAGUACACCUUAAAUUUGAUUUAAUGCAAGAAACACUUUAUCUCACGAUUACGUUGUUAGAUCGUUAUCUUUCUCAAGUGGCAAUAAAGAAGAAUGAAAUGCAGUUGGUUGGCCUUACAGCACUUCUACUUGCAUCAAAGUAUGAGGACUCAUGGCAAUGGAUUCCAAGGGUAAAAGACUUGCUUAGCAUAUCAGCUGAAUCAUACACAAGGGAGCAGAUGCUUGGAAUGGAGAAGCUUAUUCUUAAGAAAUUAAAGUUUCGCUUAAAUACACCAACUCCGUAUGUCUUCAUGCUAAGGUUUCUCAAGGCUGCACAGUCUGAUGCGAAGCUUGAACACUUGGCUUUCUACCUCAUUGAAUUGUGUUUGGUUGAAUAUGAAGCUUUAAUGUUCAAGCCCUCACUGCUGUGUGCAUCGGCUAUCUAUGUUGCACGAUGUACCUUAAAAAUGGCUCCUCAUUGGACUCCAUUACUUUGCCAACAUGCACACUACGAAGUGUCACAAUUAAGAGAGUGUUCGGAGAUGUUGUUACAAUUUCAAAAAGCUGCUAGACUUGGACAGUUACAGGUCAUUUACGAGAAGUACACAAGACCCGAACGGAGUGGUGUUGCAGCUCUUAAACCAUUGGAUAAGCUUCCUCUCUGAUUUCGCUCACGGUAAAGUUUGCUCUUAAUUUGUCAUUGAAACAUGUUAUGAUGUUAGAAAACUGUGGGCUCGGAGCGUUUGUGAAUCUGACAUUCGACGUAAUCACUCUUCGGCUCUGUCUUGCAGCUACUUCUAUUCUUGUUUGAGUUUGUGUGUGACUUUAUAGAUGUGUGAGUACAUUGCAUCUUGCAAACCACUCUUGUUGUUUGUGUGUGAAUUUAGUGCUCUGCAUAUGUAUAUAUAUACAUUAUAUAUGAUUGAUUUUACCUGUACUAGGGAGCUAACAAAUUUCUGAUUCAUUGCUUGGUCAUUUUGUAUGCCACUUCUGAAUUUCUGGCUUGUUUUAUUGCCAUUAUUCAAUAUGCAAUGAAAGAUCAUUACAUCAA